AUGGCAACGGCGUCGUUUAACAUGCAGACAGUCUUCGCCGGUGGAACUCGCAAGAUCAACACAAACAACCUUUUCUUUGCUGGAAACUUCCCUAAUCUUAAGAGGAACUUCCCGGUGGGAGUGAGAUGCAUGGCUGAGGGAGAACCAAUGAAGGAUGAGUCUACACCGUCGACAUCGGCGGCUCAGUCAUUGCCUAAGUCAUCGUCCCCACCACCACCUCCUCCUCCUCCUACUACGCCUAAGGUGAACACCAAGUUUAGCGACUUGCUAGCGUUUAGCGGUCCAGCACCAGAGAGAAUAAAUGGCCGUUUAGCGAUGGUUGGAUUCGUGGCUGCCUUGGCAGUUGAACUUUCCAAGGGAGAAAACGUUUUCGCUCAGAUCUCCGACGAUGGAGUCUCGUGGUUUCUUGGGACGACGGCGAUCUUGACGCUUGCGUCCCUUGUGCCACUUUUCCAAGGCAUCACCGCUGAGUCAAAGUCCAAAGGUUUCAUGACAUCAAACGCUGAGCUUUGGAAUGGACGUUUCGCAAUGCUCGGUUUAGUCGCUUUGGCGUUCACUGAGUUUGUCAAGGGUGGAACCCUCAUCUGA